CGAGACGCGAAAAACACACCUCGCCACCAGUUUCGUUUCUUGACCAGGUGGAGUUCCACUGCAACAACUAACAAUAGUUGAUAACUACAGAGGCUGCUGCAAUUGAAUGCACCAGUUGAAUCUUCUCCUUCUCCCAAAUUGUCAUGGUUGCUUUAUGCUUGCUGUUUUUCACAUAUUGUUUUGUUUCUCAAGAUGGUGAUUCAAGC